CCAGCUACGCACAAUUUGUGUUGUCUGUAUGUUUGUGUCUCUUUUUAGUUUGGAUCAUGGAGGGCCCUUCAGGAUCAAACCAGGACUUCGAAAAUAUGCCUGUGAUCUCACACUGGAUCCAAACACAGCAAACAAUCAACUCAUGCUGUCUGAGGAGAACAGAAAGAUCACGUAUGUGGAAGAUCAUCAGCCGUAUCCUGAUCAUCCAGAGAGAUUUGCUGAUAUUCCUCAGGUUCUGUGUCGAGAGAGUCUGACUGGACGCUGUUACUGGGAGGUUGAAUGGGGCACUUGGGCUCGUAUAGCAGUGGCCUAUAAAGGGAUCAGCAGGAAAGAAAGGACUGUCUGUAAGUUUGGAUACAAUGACAAAUCCUGGAGUCUGAAUUGCUCUUUAAAAGGAACUGCUGUUUAGCACGAUAAUGUCUUCACUAUUGUCACACAUUCACCUCCCUCUACUAGAGUAGGCAUUUAUCUGGACUGGUCUGCUGGCACUCUGUCCUACUACAGGAUCUCUGACACACACACACUCACACACUUACACACAUUCAA